AUGGUUUGUGUUCUUCAAGAUGCUUUCAAUGCAACAGUUUCAAGAGAUUAUGAAAAGUAUGAAAAAUUAAUAGUUUCAAGAAUUUUUUGUUUUUUUUUCAGAGCAGUUUCUGUAAUUCGAAAUGUUGUUUCAUCUUCUGAACAUUCAUUUUCAGUUGAACAAUUAGAAUUAAUUGAUCAUGUUUAUGCUUGUAUUUUGAAUACUUCACAUUAUGACGAAUCAUUGAUUGAAGUUUGUUGGGAAUGGAUUGAUGCUAUUGAAAGAAUGCCAAGAACUGUUGAUCAAAGAGCUAUUUCAAGUUCACAAUUAAGUAUUUAUUAUGCAUAUCAUACUGUAAGUCUCAGUUUCGAAAAUUGAAAAUUUUAGAAAAGAAUAAUAGGCAUUUAAAAAAAUUAUUUUGGGCUCCUAAAAGUUAUAAGAGUCUCUGAACAAGUUACUCAAAAACCAUGUAAAUUUCUCAACUUUUCAAAUUUUGGCUGUUGUUUCUCAGUUCUAUUUAGUUUCGUCCAGUAGUUCACUAAGAAAAACAGAGCCAGAAUUUUUGGAGAAAAUUACUUUGGAAAUACUUGAGAUGAACAAAUAGAUCCCAUUUGUUUUGAAUCUAUAAAAAAUUCGAAAUAUUUUCUCCUAAAAUUUUCUUCCAAUUUCCAAUCUCAAAAAAAAACCAAUUCUUCAGAAAACCCCUAUGAUUUUCUAAAUUCUCAAUUAUCUAAUGUUGUUCGAUUUCUUAUGAUUAGAAAGUUUUUUGUCUCGACCAUUUUUUCUCGUCACAAAAUAUCACAAUCAAAUUUGUUAUCAAAUAUCGAAAAAACCAAUCUAUCAAAAAAUAAGAAAUAAAUAUUGAAUGAAUUUCAGAUUUGUCGAGUUCAAGAAAGAAUGCCAAAAAAAUCGAAUUAUGUUCAAAUUAGAACUGAAACUUGGACACGUGUCACAAAUAGUUUUAGUUAUUUAUGGGCGGCUGCAACACAAUUAUGGAAACCUGCCGAAUUAGAUCGAUUAGAUAUUUUAUGUAGUUGGUCUUAUUUAUGUUUACAAUUCUCAGAUGUUGUUAGUGAAGAAGUUAUGGCUGUUUUAGAGGUAUAACAAAUACAUCACAACAUUAUCAAAAACAAUUCAAAAAUAUUUAGAAUUCGAAGGAAAAUGCAAAAGAAAUGUUGUCAUCUUCAAUUGUUGUUGAAAAUAAUCAUCAAGCAAAUCAAAGAAUUCUAACAAUUGAAAGAAAUAUUCGAGAUUCGAAAAGUUUGGCAGAAAAAUUAGGAAGAAGAAUGGCAAGUUUAUAUUCAUUUAAAAGGGUGUCAAAAAUUACAUUAAAUCCAUAA